UCAAACACCAAAACCAACCCACAAGCUGAGUCCUCAUCAGAGACACACCCCACAAGCGCCGAGGUCACUAACUCUUUAUUACUCCUCAAGAUCUACCACCACCUUCAGCAGGAGGAGGAAAUGGUGCUUUCUUACAAAGAGUGCCUCAAAAACCAUGCAGCUAGCUUGGGUGGACAUGCCCUGGAUGGUUGUGGAGAGUUCAUGCCUACCCCUUCUGCUACCCCAACUGACCCUGCCUCCUUCAAGUGUGCUGCCUGUGGUUGCCACCGCAACUUCCACCGCCGUGACCCUUAUGAUGGCCCUGCUUUUAUCCACCGCCUCCCACCCCCACCUAAUCGUAGCUCAAGUCCAAGCCCGACUCAUAGCCCAGGUCCAAGCCGUACCCCACCUUCACCUGUGCCAUUCUCUUACUACUCUUCUGCACCGAACAUGCUGCUGGCCUUGAGCACUGCCUACUCAGGGCCAAUGGAUGAGUACCAUUAUCACCUCAGCAACUCCAAUCCUUCGGUGUCAAGGAUAAACAACAACAACCCAAGUGGGAGAAAGAGGUCAAGAACAAAGUUCACUAAGGAACAGAAAGAAAAGAUGCAUGCUUUCGCUGAAAGGCUUGGUUGGAGAAUGCCAAAGGGUGAAGAAAAAUUGAUACAAGAGUUUUGCAAUGAAGUUGGGGUUAAUAGAGGAGUUCUCAAGGUUUGGAUGCACAACAACAAGAACACUUUUAGCAAGAAAGAGAUAUUAUCAGUUGGAAAUCUCAAUCUUCACGACAGCCAUGACAACAACAACAAUAUUGAAGAUAAUGGAAAUGCUCUUGAUUCCAAUAGUCACAUGCACAACAAUGAGGAUAGUAUUCAGCUUCAUAUUUCUACUAAUAAUGGGUCUUCUACAUCUUAAUUUAGAAAAGAAAAAAAAAACACUACUGAAUUUGAAAGAAAGCAGCAGGCUAUAGAUGGUGUUUUUGCUUCUCUUUUUCAUUUGGGGCUUAACUUUUUUCAUUUUUUCAUUUUGGAGAUUAGUAAUCUAAUUACUGGUGAUGGCAGAUGAAAGAAGGAGGGAACAGAGGAUAUGACUUGUGAGGAUAACAAUUAAAGAGAAUUAUUUUGUCAUUGUUAAUUCUAUCUGUUAAUUGAUAUUUAGACGUAUUAUAACAUAAAUCUUUGUCUUC